GGGCUUACUGGCUGCCCGGGAAGGGGCCGCGGGAAGGGGAGCCGCCGGUAGUGCUGGGCGGUGCUGGCGGUCGCCGGGGCGGGCAGAGUGACUGACAGAGCACUCCGGGCCGGGGCUGCGCUGGGCUGGCGGCGGGCGGCGCUUCCCGGCCCUCCCUGGCGGCUGAGCCCGGCAGCGCCGAUCAGAAAAUGGGGGUGGACGGCAGGCGGGCGGGGGGAGCGGUGCGUCCUCGGCUCUCGUUCUCCUAAAAUGGCGCUGAAGAGCUGGGCCCGCUCGUCCUGGAGGUAGCUGAGGAGGCUGCGCCUGUCGUGUUGAAUUCCUUAAAAAAUGAACCUUAUUUCCCUCGAUCUGCUUGUGGCGGGAGUUUGGCAGCUGCAGACAGGGCGGCAGCAACUUCGUGUUUCCUAUGAAAUUGAACUACAUCUUAGGAAAUAAAGAAAUGGAUGGGAUGGAUGAAACAUCUAAAAGAAUCCUAGAGCCGUACCAGUAUUUGCUUCAACUACCAGGUAAGCAAGUGAGAACCAAACUGUCACAGGCCUUUAAUCACUGGCUGAAUGUUCCGGAAGAUAAAAUACAGGUUAUCAUUGAAGUGACAGAGAUGCUGCACAAUGCAAGCCUACUCGUGGAUGAUAUUGAAGAUAACUCAAAGCUACGACGGGGCUUUCCAGUGGCGCACAGUAUCUAUGGAAUCCCAUCUGUAAUCAACUGUGCUAAUUAUGUUUAUUUUCUUGGCUUAGAGAAGGUUUUAACCCUUGAUCAUCCAGAUGCUGUUAAAGUUUUUACCCGUCAACUUCUGGAACUCCAUAAAGGUCAAGGCUUGGAUAUUUACUGGCGAGACACUUACACCUGUCCUACAGAGGCCGAGUAUAAAGCCAUGGUACUGCAAAAGACAGGUGGGCUCUUCGGAUUAGCUGUGGGCCUCAUGCAGCUGUUCUCAAAUUAUAAAAAAGACUUAAAGCCACUUCUUAACACACUUGGUCUCUUCUUCCAAAUAAGAGAUGACUAUGCCAACUUGCACUCCAAAGAAUAUAGUGAGAACAAGAGUUUUUGUGAAGACUUAACUGAGGGCAAGUUCUCAUUCCCAACCAUUCAUGCAAUUUGGUCAAGACCUGAAAGUACUCAGGUGCAAAACAUUUUACGUCAAAGGACAGAGAACACAGAUAUAAAAAAAUACUGUGUACAUUAUCUUGAGAAUGUUGGUUCCUUUGAGUACACUCGGAAUACAUUGAAAGAGCUUGAAUCUGAGGCCUAUAAACAAAUUGAAUCCCUUGGGGGAAACCCUGAGCUUGUAGCACUAGUUCAACAGCUGAGCAAAAUGUUCAGAGAAACUGAAAAUUGAAAAGUUAACUUCUGGGUGUGGAUUAAAACUCUUUUGAAAAUGGGAAAAUAAGCAGAUCUCCAUCUGCUGUGUGAGAUAAUCUCACCUAAAGUGUGAUAAUCAGUCUCACCUAAAACUUUCUCUUGUAGCCAUGUUACAGAAAUUACUGUUAAAAAUAACUUGUCUUUGAGUUUUGGAAUAUAUACCCUAUUAUCUCAAAAGUCUUAACUGGUUACAGUUUGUUUUGUUAAAGCAGAUGUAUUAGAACUAUAACAAGUUUUGAAUCUGUACGUAAUAGUCUUUAUACAAUGGUUGAAAUUGUGUUAAAUUAAGUCAGGUUGACAUGUAUGUAUUGUACGUUUUAAACAAUAUUCUUGUAAACCAAAACUUGUGUUAAAAAACAAAGGAAGGUACUUGCAGCCACAAUGCACAUAAAAUUGUUGUGUGAUAUUUCUAAGUUUGACUUGUGAAGAUCAGGUGGGUCAGUUUACUAUGUCCUAGGGUGAAUAUCCUAUCCAGCUUCUGGGGAUAUUUUCAGGGGAAUGUGAAUUAUGAAAGAUACAAUUUCAUAUGCAAAUAAGACAUGCUCAGUCUGAAACUGUGACUUCAUAAAGAUUUUGAAAUACCUUAGAGGAAAGAUUUCAUCACAUCAGCAAAGUAUAAAUUUGCUGCUGAUUCCAGCUCUGCAGUGAGUCAUUUUGCUCACCUGGUUUUAGAUUUUGAAACUGUCAAACAUUCUGUAGCCAGAAACUUAAAUCUAUGCAUUAGCGCUCAUAUACGUGCCUGUAAAUAGCAACAUAAUGAGCUGCUAUUAGAAAUGGAAAGGUAUUCAUACCAGGUAACUUUAGGACACUAUAAUUGGUGCAGGUCUCUUUAAUCUCUGCUUGUAAUUGAGGGGCUUCUCCAAGACUUUAUUCAUAAUUCAUAUUUCAUUCCUGCUCUGAAUUACUGUCUGGAGGCAUGUUCUAUAUCUCUCCAAAGAGACAAGAGCUGUAAAUUUUUUGUUAAAACAAAGUACAGUAUCUUGUUUUACAAGCUAGAAUACCAUUUCAGUUUUGUUAAUUUCUUUAAAUAGAGCUUUAAAAUUAUAGACAUACCAAAAUAGAACUGGAUGGAGAGCAAGAUUUUGGGGUGGGGCUGAUAAGUAACAAAGUUCUCUGCUCUCAUAUAUGUGUGUAUAUAUAUAUAUAUAUAAAUAUUAAUAAAAUGUGAGCAGAGAGGUUUGGUUUUUUCUGUGCCUGGGCUGGCUUUAAUCAGGUUCAGGUCCCUUAGCAUUCACAGGUAGAUUAAGCUUUGCUUUGGGGUAGCAAGGUAAUGGUUUGGAUCAAAGGUAGGACUGGUGUGCUAUAAGCUGUGGUGUUAGCUCAAGCAUACUCUGAAAGGGACAGACACUUGGCUUCUGAUGUCGAAAGGGUAGUUUUGUGCAGGUGUUCAUUUACUGUACGUAGAAAACAGGGAGAGCUAUGAUCUCAGCUCACUGAGAAAACUCACUGAAGAAGGCUGCUGUAAUGUCUUCCCUGGGCAGCCUUAAUAUCUUUCUGAAAGUGAUCAAACAUGACAAAAUUGAGGAUGGCUGCUUUCAGUCUGAAAUAUUAUGUAGUUAUGGAUGAUAGCCUAUCCCUUUUAUCUGCAUGCUGAGGAGGAACCUUUGUCUGAUUAGACACAGAAUAAUAGGCUUUUCACUGAAUGGACCUGGUUGCCAGGACUGAAUAGCUUAAAGUUGGUGAAAGGUGUCUUUAAUGUUAAUGAAAGAGAAUUGUAAUUCCUUUUUCAUAACUUGCAGUGCUUAGUAAGCCUGUAAAUGUUUUAUGUGUUACGUGAAAAUACUAUCUGCAGCAAAUUACAUUUAUUUUGUGCCAUGUCUUGGGAGUUUCUAAGCACUAUUGCAGUCAAUGUUGAAUAGGGGAAAGCACUGAAAAGAUUACUGUUGUCAGGAGAAUCUUCUAGUCUCACUGUGAAAUGUAUCCUUGUGCCUGUUAAGAUAUUGUAACUGCUACACAAUGCAAAGUGCACUUAGUGCCAUUUCAUUUCUGUUCUUUUGCUGGAUGUAAACAGUUCUGUGUAAUCAAACAUCCAUAAUGAAGUAGCUUUUCUUUUUGUAUAAAGCUUUUCUGCCAUCUGAGAUUUCUGCUAUGUCAUCGCUCUUUUGUUUCAUUCUGGCAAUUCACCCCUGUAUUUAUUCUAAUUCUAUAUCUUGUAGCAUGUGCCUUCAUUAUGAGCAGGUACAUGGAUGUUUUCCAGUUGCAGACCAUUUAAACCACAAGUGGGUCAGAAGGGAAAAGCUGGUCCAGCUUUCUUUUCCCAGGUUACAAGAGGCCAUGCAGCUCUGUCUUACUCUUCUGCCUUCAAAGCAUUUGGUGCCAGUAUUCAAAGCAUGUGCUGAAGGUAUAUCUGAAAAGGCCCACAAGUAGAGCAUUGUUGCUCUUCACUUUGGUUAGGAUAAACAGGCUUGUGAGAGCUUUUCUUGAUGUACUCAGGAAUUGGAAGAGGCUGGGAUAUUUCUCCCUCAUUUGUUAAACUGGUAGAGCAUCUUUCAGUAUUAAAUGCCAGUAGUUACGAUGUCCCUUAGUCAAGGUAGAUUUUAUAUUUGGUGCCAUAAGAUCACUCUGUGCAUUUUCAUCAAUAUUCUCCAAUGUUAUUACUGGUACUGGCUCCUGAGGUUAAGCAAUGUUAGGAAAAACCCUUCUUUAAAGCAGCGUGUGGGUUCUUGUGACUGCAGAAUUAGUUGUGUAAGUGCGCCUCUCUGUUGCUACGCCUCCCACAACACGGAGUAGGGAUUUUUCCUGAUCUUCAUAAAAUAUGCACUGUUGUAGAAUGGCAAUCUGAGUUGCAAGUGGAGAUGCCCAUUGGGGAACAAAGGGGAUGCUGGUUUUAAUGUCAGUCUCUUUGAGCCAGAAUUGUUCUCCUUAUCUUCCUACCACUGCCAACAAGUUCUGCUUUGAUCACAUUAUCAGUGCAUUUCUUGGGGAUUUAGUUCUUGCAGUUCACAUUAGGAGAAAUGCAAAUACUCAUCAGUCUGGAGCAUUCCCUGCUACCUCAGCCCGUCUUCUGAUUGUAUGCUUGCUUGGAUGUAAAUGAAUGCUGUCACCUGUCUUAGAGUAGCCAGCCACUGGAUGGGACAUCUGUCUUUGCUUUUUCAUAGGCUUAUGUUUACCCCAUCAAUGAUGAUGAAAAUUGCAUCAUUUCAAGAUCUUUCUGAGGAGGUUGCUUUCUCCUCUCCUUUUGAACUCAGGCUGUUGAGGUACCCACUGAGAGCAACUUUGUAUGUAUCAGCCAGUUGUUGAUACAAACAACAUAGAAAUAUUAAUGGGAAAGAUACUGUUGCCAUUUCUUCAUGCUUCUGCUUUUUUGUUAAUUUUGCUAAUCUGGCUGCACUGCAUGUGCUAUGGAAAUUUCCUAUAUUAAUGACUUUUCCUCAGUUAUUGUUAAAUGCUAGCAAGGUUGGAAUAAAAAUGUGGGGUUUGUGAGGGGGUUUGCAUUUCUCAUGUAAAAGUGGUUUGAACUUUAAUAUGCCUUUGUCACUGAAUUGGGCCAGACUUUUAUUCAUGUGCAAGAGCCAUAUGGGCAUCUGUUGCUCUUCUUUGUAUCAUCUUAAUCAUUUUAUAUUUCAGGUUUGGUAUUUACUAUGUUCUUUGUAUUAUUUGCGCAGUACUUUCACUGUAAUUCUUCUUUCAGCUGUAUUUCUAUUCUGCUGUUAAUACCAAGCACACAUAAUACUAUCAAACUCGAUUUUGAUCCUGGACAAA